AUGCGCAUACCCUAUCCCGGCGGAGCACGACACCAAAUGGGCUCGACUAGCCUGAACGCUCAUCAUCCAUAUGAUUCGUCAGGUCAACGUCAAGUUGCAGAUCUGCAGGGCCCCAGCCCAAAUCUGCUCCUUUCUGAUAUCACUGAAUUCGGUCCAUACAGUACUCUUACACAUUCCUUAGUGACCUCAUCGGGAGCCUAUGCCCCGGUGGAUCGACGAUACUACCGGGUCUCCAUGUGCACCACUCGCUGUCUCGAUGUGGACACGGCCCGCGCUGAUAGCGGCUAUGGAUUCCCCUUGCCCACGGGUGGAGAGGUACCGUUCGUAUGA